UUUUCGCUCCAUUGUGUGGAAAGGAAGGCAAAAGCCAUUUCUCUCCCUCUCUCUCUCUCUGUCCCGAGCGAUUCGCUCGGAUCUAAAAUUGACAUUAGCAAAAAAACACACGCGCGAUCUCUCUCUCUCUCUCACUCGGCCGCUAUCUCGCUCUGAGAGGCUCUUCCGUAGCUCGGCGUCGAGAGCUCUUCGGCUCCUCCGCAAAGCUCUCGAUCCGACCCUAAAUCAGUCACAACCACCGCAUGUAGUCUUCGUCUUCGUCUUCUUCGGCAUCACAAUCAUCUUCGUGAAACUCUGAUCGGUGAUUGAUUGGCGUGAGAAGGAAUGGAGAACAUAGCGGAGCAGUUGAGGAGGGGGAUAUCGCGGCAGUUCUCGACGGGGGCGCUGCGGACGCUGAGCAGGCGGCUCUCGAGGCAGUCGUCGCUGGACCCGAGGAGAAAUAACCCGAGGUUCAGCUUUGGGAGGCAGUCGUCGCUGGACCCGAUACGCCGGAGCCCCUGCCAGGACGCGGCCGGAUUGGAGCUUUCGGUGCCGGAGAACCUGGACGCCACGAUGCAGCUUCUGUUCAUGGCGUGCAGAGGGGAGACGAAGGGGGUGGAGGAUCUGCUCAACGAAGGGAUCGACGUCAACAGCAUCGACUUGGACGGGAGAACCGCGCUGCACAUCGCCGCCUGCGAAGGCCACGUCGAGGUCGUCAAGCUCUUGCUCAGUAGGAAGGCCAACAUCGAUGCUCGUGAUCGCUGGGGGGGCACGGCAGCUGCUGAUGCUAAAUAUUACGGAAAUACAGAAGUUUACAAUAUUUUGAAAGCCCGUGGAGCCAAAGUUCCGAAAAUCAGGAAGACGCCUAUGACUGUCACAAAUCCUCGAGAAGUUCCGGAGUAUGAGCUUAAUCCACUGGAACUUCAGGUUCGGAAAGGUGACGGGAUCUCAAAGGGAACUUAUCAAGUGGCUAAGUGGAAUGGCACAAAGGUUGCCGUAAAGAUGCUUGACAAGGACUGCUAUUCAGACCCUGAAAGCAUAAAUGCUUUCAAACACGAGCUGACAUUGUUAGAAAAGGUUCGGCAUCCUAAUGUGCUUCAGUUUGUUGGAGCUGUUACCCAAAAUAAACCUAUGAUGAUUGUUUCAGAGUAUCAUCCAAAAGGUGACUUGGGAAAUUAUCUUCAAAAGAAAGGGCGUCUGUCUCCAUCCAAAGUUCUAAGAUUUGCUCUUGAUAUUGCUAGGGGCAUGAAUUAUCUUCAUGAAUGUAAACCAGACCCAAUUAUCCACUGUGAUUUAAAGCCAAAAAAUAUUUUUGUGGAUAAUGGCGGUCAGUUGAAAGUAGCUGGAUUUGGUUUGAUAAGAUUGUGCAAAAUGGCACCAGACAAAGCCAAACUAGCGCAGCCAGGGGCUGACUGUUCAAACUUGUAUAUGGCACCUGAGGUUUACAAAGAUGAGAUAUUUGACAGAAGUGUGGAUGCCUAUUCUUUUGGUCUGAUUCUAUAUGAGAUGAUUGAGGGUAUACAGCCUUUCCAUCCCAAGUCUCCAGAAGAAGCCGCAUUAAUUAUGUGCGUAGAAGGAAAGAGACCGCUGUUCAAGAUCAAAGCAAAAAGUUAUCCUCCAGAGAUAAAAGAUUUGGUGGAGGAAUGUUGGGAUCAAAAAGCAGUUGUUAGGCCAACUUUUUCUGAGAUUAUUGUACGGCUGAACAAAAUAGUAGCAAAUAGCUCCAAACAAGCAUGGUGGAAAGAAACUUUUAAGCUUCCUUGGAUCUAAGAGGAGAUCUUAGCGGAAAAAAAGAAAAAAAGAAAAAAGAAGAAGAGAAGUAUAAAGAAGAGGCAGGAAAAAGAGAAAAGAUUAAAAGGGGUUUUCGACUCAAGUUUUGGAGCUUCAUACUGUACUACUACUAUUUUGGAUAUAUUCGGAGUGUGAAUUUGAAAAAAGUGGACAGAUUAAAAAUAGAAGAUGGUUUAUCUCUCAUUCUUUUUCCCUUAGGGAGCCGGGACAAUCCCCUUUCUUUGUAUAAUGUUUUGAAGGAGCUUUGUUUUAACUUGUAGUCCCAUGAAUAAUUAAUCCUCGAAGGAGAGUCGGUCCACAAUCUGCAAAAUGUAAUUAAUGUUGGGGGACUAUGGAAUUGACCCCAAAUAAUUGGAAUGAGUUAAUAGUCGUGAUUUCUAUAA